CACUCUCCCUCUAUUAAUACUCUUCCUUCAUCAGCAUCUCCCUCUAUCGUGCAAGCUUUCCAUCCUAGAGUUGCGGGGACGACGCAUCAAUUUUACCGAACACAUCAAACAGCUUUGGACCGCUGCUGCUGUCUCGACGAGAAAGCAUUUGCUGAGCGCGCUUUCUUGAAAUUUAAUCUCGAGUCUUCCGAAACUAAGAAACCAUGAGCACUAAGGCCAGUGAGAAGACCGAUAUGGUCGUCGAGAAGCCCUCCAAGGAAUCCGAGGAGAUGCUUGCUAAGGAGUCUGUCAAGAAGCCCAACAUGACGGUCCAAGGAACCACUGCCCCUGGGGUCCAGGCGCACGAGGAGGCUAUCCCCGAAGUAAACGAAGUGCGCUAUGCUUACCGCUACGGGGAUGGCAGUGGCCUCCCACUUCGACCGGGUAUGGGACCACCCAUGACUGAGGAACAGUUCCAGGAGCUGUGGGAAAAGAAAAAGGCUCUAGGCGAUUGGAUCCGGAGCAUGUCUCUCGAAGAAUUUUAUGCCCGGUUUCCUAUGUACAAUGAUCCGAAAGACUAUUCCUGGACCGAGGAAGAAGCACAUGCGAUGUUGCAGGAAGAUGAAGAUCCCGAACUCAAGGCGCGCGAUGAGCGCUAUGCUCGCCUCUACGGGGAUGGCAGUGACCUCCCACUUCAACCUGGUAUGGGACCCCCUGAGACUGAGGAAGAGUCCGAGGAGUCGUGGAAGAAGGCUCAGGCUGAAGCCGACGAGACUUUUGACAUGCCUGAUGAGGAGUUCCAUGCCAAGUUUCCGGAAUACAAGGACUUGAAGAAGGAUUACUUCUGUACUGAGGAGGAAGCGUGGAUGAUAUUGGAGGGGGACGAUGAAGAUAAGGACCGCAAUCAUGUUGACGAAAAGGAGUGAUUCGUACAUGAUGAAUCCAUCAAAGCACACCCUGCAGCCAAUGGUAACUUGUAAGAGUUUCAGGAGAGAUGAACUGCGGGCUGAGAGGACAGAACAGGAUUGCAAUUUCCUGCAUGUUGUACUGUCACUAUGGAAAGGUUGCUGGAUAGUCAAGAGAG